UUCCAGCAAUUACACAAAAAAGAAUAUAAGACAAGUCUUUCUCUUUUUAUGACCUUUUUCUUUUUCUUUUUUAUAUUUAUAAAGACAAACACACAUACAUAGUUUAAGGCCAUGGCACACGCAUUGUUCAAUAUUUCACCCGUCAAGUUUCUUAAUUCUAUCCAAGAUAACAUAUUCACAAUCACACCUUCAUUUAAGAACAAGACAUACAAAGAAGAUAAAAAAAUCAAUACAAAUCAGAAUGAACAAAGAAACACUUCAGCGUCUCCAGUAACAUUACAACUUACUUUGCCUACCGAAACAGUUGAACAACCCCAAAUGACAGAAAUUAAUCAACCUUCUUCAUUAUCUGUUCCUAUUGACAUUCCUCGCUCUUAUCCUAUGAACAAUAGUAGUACAGAUGGCGAAGGUUUCAUGGCAUCCUGCACCUCUUCUGUUUACCACGAUAAUACAUUGAUUGCUUUAGCUAACAGUUUAGGUCAAUCACCUUCUUAUCUUGCUACUGAAGAUUUAACAGCUUGCUUUGAUGGAUUGGCAGUAAAAUCACCUACUGGCUCUUAUCAUAAUGGCCUUUAUUCACCUCAACAGAUACCUAGUCCAGUUCAUAUAGGAAGCCCUGCAUCUCUCAGUCAUUUCAACGGUAAUUUCUUGGCAGGCAGUCCUUCAUGCACUUCAUUUGUAGGCAGUCCAGUUUCCCCUCCGUUUCUUGGUAGUCCUGCCACGACCCCAUUCUUGGGUGACAACACAACUCCUCAAGAUAUCUCAUCUUCUUAUGGUCUUUCCUACCUCUCACCUACCAAUCAACAACAGACAUUCUCCCCUAUCAACAGUCCUUCACCCACAAGCAGUUAUGUUGGUACCAAUUAUCUAUUCCCACCUACACUAAACGCUUUUUCGCGCCCUUCUUCACCUGUGCCUGAUGAUUUGAUCUUGACUACUUAUGAAGUAAACGAUUAUAUGAAUGCAUCUCCAGGUCUUGUUUCACAAUCGCUGACUAUCGACACGAUGGGUCUGAACGAUGACUCUCCAGUGUCUGACUUUCUAUUGAGCUCAUCUACAAACGAUGUUGAGCUAUUCCCUACUGCUGUGGAACCUAUUGUGUCGCCACAUACACAGCCACAAUGGACGGAUCAAACAAACAAGGCAACAGUCAAAAAAACAACACCUUCAGGACGUAGAGCCAAGAUCCAUAAAUGUCCUCAUUGUCAACACACUAGUAACCGUGCCAACAACAUGCGAGAACAUAUUCAGAUCCAUAACCCUAACCGUCCUAAACCACACGCUUGUAAAUUAUGCAAUAGAGCCUUUGCUCGUAAACAUGAUAUGAACCGUCAUUAUAUUUCUUGCAAGAAGCAUGUUAAAACCAUGGUGGCGCCUUCUUUUAUUCCCCAUAUAUAGAUUUUCACUUGUACAUGAUGUAAAUAAUAGAUAGAGUACUGAUUUCGCUUUCGUACCUUUUUAAAUAAAUUUCUGAAGAUAGAAAAAUUGUAUAAUUUCCAUCUUUGAAUAAGUCCCUUAAAACAUAGACGGUGAACAGUAUAAAUUGUGUAGAAUAGAAGUUU